GUCUACAAGUUUUUGCCUUCAAGAAGCAGAACCCCUUCACAGUUGCACACUGCACACACUGUGAUCGCAAAUGGCGUACGUGAACGCCCGGCGCACCUUAGCAUCCACCCUUUCACGAGCUCUUUCUUCUUCUCCUUCUUCCUUUUCCACACCAUCUCGCUGUCGCUGCAUCUUCGCUCUUGCGGCCAAACAAACCCUCCCCGUCCCCGACACCGUGAAAUUCUCGGUUCGGACCAAAUCAUCGGGUUCGGGUUACUCUCCGUUGAACGACCCAUCUCCGAACUGGAGCAACCGUCCUCCGAAGGAGACGAUUCUCCUCGAUGGCUGUGAUUACGAGCACUGGCUCAUUGUCAUGGAGUUCCCUGAGAACCCUAAACCCUCUGAACAGGAAAUGGUCAAUGCAUAUGUCAAAACCCUAACUCAAAUCGUUGGAAGUGAGGAGGAAGCGAUGAAGAAGAUAUACUCUGUUUCAACACAUACAUAUACAGGUUUUGGUGCUCUCAUUUCUGAAGAGCUUUCUUAUAAAGUCAAAGAGUUGCCUGGAGUUCUGUGGGUGCUGCCAGAUUCAUAUCUUGAUGUUCCCAACAAAGAUUAUGGAGGUGAUUUAUUUGUUGAUGGGAAAGUAAUCCCCAGGCCGCAGUAUAGAUAUGCUGAAAGGCAACCUACUAAGACUAGACCUCGACCUAGGCAUGACAGGAGACGGGAAACAAUGCAGGUUGAAAGGACAGACCCCAAUCAAAGACAGAACUGGAACCAAGGCCAGGGAGGACCUAUGGAUCAAUCAGCUCCAAUGAAUAGCCAAAGACAGAACUGGAACCAAGGCCAGGGAGGACCUAUGGAUCAAUCAGGUCCAAUGAAUAACCAAAGACAGAACUGGAACCAAGGCCAGGGAGGACCUAUGGAUCAAUCAGGUCCAAUGAAUAACCAAAGACAGAACUGGAACCAAGGCCAGGGAGGACCUAUGGAUCAAUCUGCUCCAAUGAAUAGCCAAAGACAGAACUGGAACCAAGGCCAGGGAGGACCUAUGGAUCAAUCUGCUCCAAUGAAUAGCCAAAACUCUGCUUCGGACGGGGAGAACUAAAAAAUGUCUAAGAGGAACUCUGCUUGAAAAAUUAUGGCAUAUAGACAUGGAGUUCAGCUUUUGUAAUGGAGAAUUUUGAUUUGAUGUUCUAGGUCAUAUUUUACAUGCUUUUGCGUGGAAAACGAUUGUGCCUGCACUCGAAGUACUUUGAUAAUUAUAUUUAGCAUCAUUAUGAAGUUGUGAAUGCCAUGCUGAUUGCUUCAA